CGAAGAUGGUAUCAUUAUGAUCUCCUCCAAACAGACUAAUAACCGCACGAAUACGUUAUCAACGACUUUGAAACACAAAGUAGACUAUAAGAAGAGUGGAGGAGAGAAGAAAGUGCCCAAAAAUUCCUUUGGAGACCACUAUGGGAGCAAAUUCGGAGGUGGAGAAGGAGGAGAGGAGGAGGAAGCCAUGGAUGCAAAUUGAGGUAAGGGGUGGGGGAGGUCUUCUAGUUCUUGGUGGGGCUCUCAUCGCCGCCGGUCUCGGAGCCGCCUUCGCGGCACACCGAGCUCAUGUUAGCAACCAAAGAAGAAGAUCGGCAACGACACGGCCGGCUGAUGAAGUCUGUAAGGUGGUAGAGAGCUUAGACGAGGGAAUUAGCUGCCAUGGAGAGGGUGGCCAGCUUGAUGAGGUCUGUGGUGAUGCAGCCAGGGGGCUUGCAUCUGUUUUGGCUCUCGAUCCAAUCCUGUCGAGUCCAACUAUAAAGCUAGCUGAGGAGUGGCAAGGGGAGUUUAUGGUUCAUAGUCCAGUGGAAACUCAGGAGAAUAUAGAUAAAAUCAUGAUUGAUCACAGUCCGAGCUUCAAGCAUUUAGAGAUCGGCGUGGCUACAGAGGUGAGAAUUGUGGAAACUGAUGCUGCUGAUGGUCAUGAUAGUAUUGUUCAAGAAUUUUUACUUGGUGGACCCGAAUCUGGCAUGGUCCAAAACCAAAAAGAGCAGCCUUCAGAAGAACCGGAGCUCGUCAACCUUAAAGAAUCAAAAGAAGAAGAAUUUUCAUUCAGUGUUGUUGAAUUCACCAAAAUCCAAGACAAAAUCAACCAAAAGUUGGAAGAAUCUGGGCUUGAUCGUGUCCAAGACGAAGAAGAAAAAGAUGACCGCGAAGGUGGAGAAGUCCAAACUUCUGAAGAAGUAGAAGAAUUUUCAUUUAGAGCUGUUGAAUCAGAUACCAUCCAAAACCAAACCAAGCAGACUCUGGAAGAAUCAAAGAUCACUCAUGCCAGGGAGCAAAACGGUGGAGGAGAAGAAGGAGAAGAAAGCAAUGAUGAUGUAGGAGCUCCAUCAUCUGAAUCUCAAGAAGAUGAAACCCAGUCAUCUGCGAAAGGAGAGAGUGAGAGAGAAGAGGAGGGAUCGGACGGCACAAGGGCUUCUUCCAUAGAGUCGAGUGCCGAGGCAGUCUGGCCAGCUGAGGUAAUUGAACAAGAGGAGUUAUUGUUUAUGGAAAACCAGCAGGAGAUCGAAGAAGAAAGUUGCGAAGAAAAGGUCACCGCAGCGCAAGCAGAGAAAGAAAUAGAAGAGUAUGAGGAAAAGUUUGUGGACAAGGUAGCAUCAGCAGAAGAAUCAGUAGGAAUGAAGAUCGGAGCAAGGCUAAAAACAAUGAAGAGGGAAACCAAAAUUGAUCUUAUGCCUGUGAAUUAUUCCAACAGAUUCCUUCUGCUUCUGUUGGCACUGGCUCUAGCUCUCAGUCUGAUCUCUUUCGCACGUCGUGACCACCUCCAUCACUUCUGCCUUGCCAAACUUUGUCACCACUUGUAUCAGGUCUUCUUCUCUUCUAACAAUGCUAUAUGAACUUGUGAACUGUUGUCCUUCAGGAGUAUGUCAAGGCUGUAGCUCAAGGUGAGUUUUGUUCCAGUGCACAUGCCAAUUUUUUUUUUGAGCCUUCUACUGUUUGUCUCAAGAGGAAUAUAAUGAACAGGUGAUCUAAAAAAUGAUGAAUGAAAAUUCAAUACCUAGAUUCAACCUU